GGACCGGCGCGGCCCCUCGUCCCGCGCGAUGCGGACACGGCGCUCUCGUCGAUGCUGAGCGACGCGCUCGGGUCGUCACUCGACCUCCCGACACCGGCCUCGUCCCCGAGUAAGGGAGACCUGUCGUCGCCCGACCUCCGCCACUCCACGUCGUCGAACCCCAGCCCCUCGCUCGACCCCAUAUCCCCGCCACCAAGGGCACACCAUGCCCCUCACCCCCCGCAGCAUUUGCGCCCGGCGCUGCGGCCGCGUCUCGUAUCCCAGCUCACGCGAGCGACGCUGCCGACGGCGAGUUUGACUUACGCUAGCGCAGAGGACACACCGCCGAGACACCAGCAGCGCUCAGUCAGCUAUCAUGUGGGCCAGAGCAGCAGCUCGAAUCAGCGCCAGAGAUCGGUGUCGUUCACGACUGCGACUGGAACGUUCACCACUGGGGCGUUGUCGUCAUCGCCGACGGGGGAGCGGCUCUCCAACAGGGACUUGAUAGCCGCGAGCAUCGAGCACGCGUUCCCUGACCUCGAUCCGACGACCGGCUUACCGCUGGACCAGUCGCCGAGCCGAAGGAGGCGAAGAAGUAGCGUCAUGUCGGAUGCGUCGUUACCCAGCCUGCACAUCCAGCGGACCAUCACAGAUCUGAACCGCCAGCCGACGUCUCCGACGUUGGAGCGGCCCGGUCCGUCGUUCCCCCUCAUGGGCGGACUCGCCCUGCCAAAGUUGCCACCACUGCCGCCAAUAUUGAAAGGGUCACGGUCGUCGGGCGAGAUUUCGGGUCAGAAGCGCGACCUGAGCACCACUGCAUCGUCCAGUAUCGACUGGACGUCAUGGAAACCCGGAUGGUGGAACAAGAACAAGGACCAGGUCGACCCGAUGCUCAGUGAGGAGGACCAGGCAGGCACAGUCGCCGAGGAGCAGAAGAAGCACCAGCUCAAGUACAAGACGCCAAAGGACCCCCUCAUCUUCUGCCACGGUCUUCUUGGGUUCGACAUCCUCGGGCCCGCGGGCUUCACGCCACUCCAAAUCUCCCACUGGCGCGGCAUCCGUGAGGUGCUUGAAGCGAACGGCGUCGAGGUGCUCAUCUGUCGUGUGCCUGCAACAUCGUCGAUCGCGGAGCGUGCAGCGACCCUCAACGACUUGAUUGCGGAGAAGUACACUGGGCGGACGGUCAACCUCAUCGGGCACAGCAUGGGCGGCCUCGACUGCCGCUAUCUCAUCUCCAUGAUCAACCCGCACCGUUUCCAAGUCGCCUCACUCACCACCAUCUCGACCCCACACCGCGGCUCCCCAUUCGCAGACUACGUUAUCGACGAUGUCAUUGGGCGCGAGCGCCUCCCGCAGCUGAUUGGGAUGAUGGAAUCGCUCCAGCUCCCAAACCAGGGCGAUGGCGCGGCGUUCGCAGCACUGCGUACCAACGCAAUGAAAGAGUUCAACACGCAAGUGGUGGAUGACCCCAACGUCAUGUACUACUCGUGGGGUGCGAGCUUUGAACCGGGCCUGUUUGACACGUUCCGCUGGCCGCACAGUGUCAUCAUGGCAAAGGAGGGCCCGAACGACGGCAUGGUGUCGGUCCACUCGGCGCGGUGGGGCGAGUACCGCGGUACGCUGAACGGCGUCAACCAUCUGGACCUGGUGGGCUGGGUCAACCAGGUGCGCUACAUCCUGUCCGACUGGUCAGGCAACCCAAUCACUUUCAAGCCCGCGACGUUCUACCUGGAGAUCUCUAAUUUCCUGGCCGAGCAGGGCUUCUAGAACAUGUGCAUAUGUCCUUUGCUCGUCCUCGUCCCUAUCCGUAGUAUGC